AUGCCUUUGAGGCAAAUGAAAGAGAGUUCAGAACAACAUCUUGUGAUCAAACCUCAUUUACCAAACACUAUGAAUCAGGCUAAGAAGGUUACUAAAGCUGUUCAAAAUGGUAAAGGUCCACCAUUGUUGUCACAGGAGCAACGUAACCAAACUUCACCACCACCUCAAGGAAAGAGUGGUGGAGGAAGGAGGAGUAGAAAUGGGAGAAAAUCUGAUCAAGUUGAUGUUUUGAUGAGACCAAGUUGUAGGCCUUGUACUGCUGUGAAAAGUAAUGAAAAUGGUCAUGUUGUUCAAAAUAGAAACGUUGUCUCUAGUGAUGUAGAGAUGAGUUUUCCUACUUCAAGCAAGUCUUUGACUUUUGCUCAAAGGCCAGGUUAUGGACAAGUUGGUACAAAAUGCAUUGUUAAAGUUAAUCACUUCUUUGCAGAAUUACCAGACAAGGACUUGAAUCAGUAUGAUGUAACUAUUACACCGGAAGUGUCUUCCAAAGCAGUUAACAGAUCCAUAAUAGCAGAACUUGUGAGGCUGUAUAAAGAAUCUGACCUUGGCACGAGGCUUCCAGCAUAUGAUGGUAGGAAAAGUCUCUACACAGCAGGGGUUCUUCCCUUUUCAUGGAGAGAGUUUACGAUUAAGCUUAUAGAAGAAGAGGAUGGAAUUAAUGGCCCCAAGAGGGAAAAAGAAUACAAAGUGGUGAUCAAUAUCGCCGCCAUCUCCGAUGAUUCUUUCUUUUCACCUGAGACUGAGUAUCAGCCUUUACAGGCUUCUCAAUUCCUCAAUCAGUACAUCGCCGCCAUCGCCGAUGAACUCAAAGGUAGUCCUCUUGUUGUAUCAGUCUUGGAUGGAAGUACUCUUCGUUUGUUGUUUGAGGACGAGGAUGAUUUUGCUAUGUUAGCGGAAAAUCCGUUCACUGAAUUGAAUGUUGAAGAUAAGGGGAAAAUCAUCAAGAGUGAGAUUCGAAAUGCUCUUGUUCAGAUGGGAGUUGACAUGGGAGUUCCUCCUUUCUCAGAAUAUCCUCAGUUAAACGAUUUGUUGAGUAAACAUGGAGCGGAUGGAGAAGAAGAACUGGGCCAGGAACAAUUUGCACAGCUUCUGCAGUUUGUAUUACAAGAUCUUGAAGUGGAACUUUCCAAAAAGAAUUUUGUUUUCGUCCAGAAUAUCCCAAUCAUAAAUGGCUCUAAAAUAAGACAGCUAUUGGCCAAUGAAAAGGAGUUAAACAGCUUUAUAGAGAAGGCAUCACAAGAAAAACUCAAUGCAAAGGAUGGUCUAGGAAGCACAGAAAUAAUAAGGAGCUUCCUUGAGAAAAACACUACAGAAUUGGGUUUACCACUAUAUGAUGGUGGCGAUGCAGCUGAUCUUUUUAUGAUUGUGUUUUUUGCUGAUGUAGCUAAAGAAAAAGGUGCAGUGGAAUUAGAGAAAGAAGAGCCAGCAAAACUUUUGAAAGAUGUCUUAGAGAAAAUGGCAGAGCAACUUGAGUUGAAUCCAGUAUAUCAGGACUUUGCUUGA